AUGGAUCACUGGUGGGGUCAUCGGCGAAUCCGAGUUUCGCCCUAUGGGCAUGUGGAACUCGUGGGUAGUUUGAAAGGCGGGAAGGAGAAUUUCAAUAUUGAGCAAAAAAUUAAAAAGAAUGUUUUGAACGGAAAUCUCAUUAAAGAGACCCACCGGUUCAACCUAAAACUAGUACUCCUCAAGUUUAGAAGACCGUAUCUGCAGAUUGCUGGUCAUAUAACUUUCCAAGCCUGGGCUGAGCAUUUGCGAGCGGCGGUUUUUUGGGGCCCAGAUGCAAUGGGCUGUGCUCGUGUGUCCAAUUAUAAGGCGUUACUGGGACAAAAGAUCCAAGGAAAAUCCUCCAACUCCUGCGCAGGACGAGAUGAAGAUCCAUGGUAA